AUGAACGACGCACUGACCCCUUUCCAGCGAGAGAAACUCUCGAAAGUGUUCAAACAGUUUGACUCUAACGGUGACGGCACCAUCUCUUUAAGGGAGUUCAAGAUAGCGUGCAGGAGGUUUAACCCUAACAUGUCCGCCUCUGAGGUGGAGAUGCUGGCAGGACAGAUGGACAUAGACGGUAACGGUAUGAUAGACCUUGAAGAGUUCUGUCUGUGUAUGGCGCGACACGUGGCAGCAAGCAGACAGCGCGCCCAACAGCAGCAGUCCGCAAAUAAGCCUGCCCUCACUUCCAAGCAGCUCAGAGACGCUUUCAAUUACUUUGACAAGGAUAAGAGUGGGACAAUAAGUCAGACAGAAUUACGCCAGGUGAUGCAAACUCUGGGAGUAAAGUGCAAUGACACAGAGUUUAAAGCCAUGCUCGUCAACAUCGACACUAAUGGAGAUGGGGUGAUCGACUUUGAAGAGUUCUCGAAACUUCUUACUUCCUUCAUGUAA